ACCCUGAGAAGAUCACUGAUGAGAAUAGCAAUGAUUGUGCUGUUGAAGUUCAACAUGACUCAAGCCAUAUCGGUGACAAGCGAGCAGAAGAGAAAAAGAGUCUACCAGAUCAGCUGUCUGAAAGAGGAGUCAAAGAAACGUUGUCCAAGUUCUCAUUCUCAGGAUCCUGAAUGCCAAACCAGUUCCACUGAUGACAACUCCAGCGUAUUCAAGAUACAUCACUGCUGUUACUGCAAGCAGCCACAUCAUAGAAUGAUGGAUCAUCUUCAGUCAGUUCAUCCUAAUGAACCAGAGGUGGCAAAAGCUCUCACUUUUGACAAGAGCUCACAAGAAAGGAAACAACUUUUGAACCUUCUACAAACUAGGGGAAAUAUUCUACACAACACAAAUGUGGUUCAAAGUAGUAAACAAGAUUCAAAACCAUUUGGGACGUUUGCAUCGGGUUGUUCAUUUGAUGAUAGAGUUUAUUGCAUCUACUGUUUAGAGUUAUUUAACAAGAAGUCUUUUGCUUCACAUUUAGAGCAGUGUAAGGGCAAAUCUACUCUCAGUGCUGAGGCUAGCUGUGGUGAAAUGCUUCCUAAUGCUGGGCCCAUUCCUCCAAACCCUACACUUAUUUCCCCCUCUAGUCCAGAAGAGAUUGAUGCCAAUAUAGAACCAUCAGGUUUUCAUUGCCUAAAUACCCUCUAUGAAGCCAAUUUUAAAAAUGAACAAGGAAGUUCUUCCCUUCCAGAUUUCAGCUGCUAUGAACAAACAGACAUCUCAAGUCCAAAUGAGGAGUUUCGAAACAAUAGACAGGCAGAGGGAGCCAUUUUACAAUUCAGACGUUCUCCUGAAAAUGAAGUAGGUUACGAAUUGAAGUCAGGUAAUUCUCCCAAUCCAAGCACUGGACAAGAAUCAACAGACUAUAAGAAUGAAGGAGUAACUUUCCCAAAGUGUGAUGUUGAUCAAGAAAGGGCUAUGAGACUAACAUCAGACACAAGCUCCAUCGGUCCUCACCCAGAAUACGACGUUCUCAGAAAUGAUGAUCCAUGUGAUGAUUUCAGUCCACCUCAAAAUGCCCAAACUGUGUGUAAUGACACACCCAAGAGUAGCGUGAAAGUCCAAACGUAUGCAACAGGGAUGAAGAGGAGGAGGAAGAGGCGCUCACGUGUCCAUAAUCAGUCACUGCUCAUGGAUGAUGACUUGCUGGGUGAAGGAGAGAUGUCCAACUCAAAACAACAUGUCUGCCAGCACUGUAAGGCAACUUUUGGCAGUCCAUACACGCUGCGCAGACAUGAAUACACUCACACGGGUGAGAGGCCAUUCUGGUGCCAUCAGUGUAAUAUGGGCUUCAUCCAGAAGUAUCGACUUCUGAAGCACACAUUUGCUUGCCAUGGGGACACACCAGACCAGGAAAAACUGAAAAGAGCAAAGAGAUCAAUUAAAGAUGAAGAGUCGUCAGUAAGGGAUGAAGCUAGUAUAGAGCCGUCAACAAAGAGUCUUGAGGAUUUACCAAAUUCUGUUACUAGGCAAGACACAGAGGUGAGAGUUCUAUUGGGAAAAAGCAGAACACAGUACAGUCAAAGACUAUGACACGGAUUGCUAGAAGUUAUUGUUUGCAUCUUAGUGUUAUGUUUUUUUUUAUGUAAAUAUGUUUUACAAUGUUGUCUCAAUCUGAUGGGUUCAAUACUUUUAUGGAUUGGUUAAUUUCAGCCUGCUGUAUUGUACAGAUCAUAGCAUAUGUUUAUUAAUUAACUUCAGAUUGAGAAUAAAAAAGGUAGAGGAAUCUAAGGGUAUAUUGGUCUUUUUUUGGUAUCUGAUAUGUGACUUAAGGCAGUUUUCAGUUACCCAGUUACAGUUGAGACUAGACAUUUACUCUAUUACUCCAGUCUUC